AUGAGCGACUCCGAACAGCGGCAAUUACACGUGCCUUAUCGAGAAUAUCAUAGUCAGAACAAUACUAAUACUUCUGCCUUAGUGGAAACUGAUGCUUUGGUAGAUCUGUCAAUCACAUCUAACAAUUGUUUACCAGUAAACGAGUGUUCAGAUCUAAUACCCGACGUUGAAUUUGUUCCCAACUUGAGUAACGAACAAACUAUAGCCAUUGAUUCCCCUGGGAUUGACCGGGAGAGCCAGCCUCUCCUUGGUCGAUUAGAGCUUGAUGUCACUUUUAAUCGUUUUCCUGAUGACCCACAAUUUUCUGAAUUAGUAUGGCAAGCUGAAUUUGCAAUAGACAAUGGAAUCUUUCCUGAGAGAAUAUAUCAAGGUUCUAGUGGCAGUUACUUUGUAAAAAAUCCUGCAAGGAAAAUAAUAGGCGUUUUUAAGCCAAAAGAUGAAGAACCUUAUGGAAGGUUAAAUCCAAAAUGGACAAAAUGGAUGCACAAGCUCUGCUGUCCUUGUUGUUUUGGGAGAAGUUGUUUAAUUCCAAAUCAAGGAUACCUCAGCGAGGCGGGUGCGAGUUUAGUUGACCGUAAAUUAGGUCUGGGCAUAGUUCCAAAUACUAGAGUAGUCAAACUUGUCAGUAAAACAUUUAACUACCCACGCUUAGACCGUCAAAAAGCCCGUAUGAAGCAAGCUAUCAUGGACCAGUUUCCUACAGUAGGCUCUCACUUCAACCGUAUUGGCUUGCCGCCAAAAGUUGGUUCUUUUCAAAUUUUUGUAGAUGGUUAUAAGGAUGCCGAUUAUUGGUUAAGACGGUGGGAAAACGAACCUUUAUCACCACGUCUUAGUAGAGAAUUUCAACUUCAAUUCGAACGCUUAGUUAUUUUGGACUAUAUAAUUAGGAAUACUGACAGAGGUAACGAUAAUUGGUUAAUUAAAUAUGAUAAUAGUAAAGGAAAAAACGGAUCAGAACAGGGUGAAGUAAAAAUAGCCGCUAUAGAUAAUGGUUUGGCUUUUCCUUUUAAACAUCCCGAUUCCUGGCGAGCUUACCCUUAUCACUGGGCAUGGUUAAGUCAAGCGAAACAACCAUUUAGCGAUGUAACACGAGAGCUUGUAUUACCACAACUCUCGGAUCAAAAUUUUGUACAAGAUCUUUGUGAUGAUUUAUAUCAAUUGUUCAAACAAGACAAAGGUUUUGAUCGACACCAUUUUGAUAAACAAAUGAGUGUAAUGCGCGGUCAGAUUUUAAAUUUACAACAAGCUUUAAAGGAUGCCAAAAGCCCCGUGCAAUUGGUUCAAAUGCCUGCUGUGAUUGUUGAAAAGUAUUUAUUUUAUAUUAUACAGAGAUGAGAAGUCCCUCGGAAGGAAAGCGGAUCUUAAUUGUUUUCGACAAAUAUUAUACAAUCCAGAAGAUAUUCUUAAAUAGAAGAUUUAUUGAUCAAAAGAAAAAGUUUUCAUAUAUCACAAACCCAACUACUUUGGGACUAGGUAAACCCAAUGUCUUGGUGAGUGAGAAGACUACUCCCUUCACUCCUAUGUCAUCCCGUGGGAUUUCUCAUUUCUGUAUUAUACAUACAUACUUUCUAUGAAUUACAGAAACAUAUAUGAUUCAUAAUAUAAAUUGAUCUUACGAAUUACUAUUUUACAGAGCCAAGGGAAACGGAGCACCAAGAUUAUUUUCAUUCUCUGAUACAUUUACACAGCGCUUCCAGAAUAAAAGCCCUUUCUUUUCUUGGUGUUAAAAGAUUUUUCUUGUUGAGUGUUUAAAAAACGGCAUUAGUUCUGUGUGUUGACUGAAAAGAACAGUUCAGUGCAUUACAGAUGUCAUAUCUUAUUAUUUGUACUGUCUCUCUUAAUUUUAUUACGCAUUACUACCUCCUUUUUCCAACGCUAGUUUCUAAUCUACAAUCUGCAGAGAUUUAUUGACAGUUACAUUUAAUUUAUCUUAUGUCUAUACCAUUUUCUUUUAAUUUGACUAUAUUAAUUUGAACCAUAGUAUAAUUAUACUGUAUACAGUAAAUAUAUAUAAUGUUAACACAAUAUUUUUCGAUAUGCUUCGUAUAUAAAAAUGUGAGGAAAAUGACAAAACGAAUGUAGGUAAUGUUUUACGAUUAUGCAUACAAAUGACAUCCCCUUAAAACAAAACGUGAUCAAUUACACGUAAUCGCAUUGUAUUUUCUAUGUCUUCCAUGUAUUACUGUCUUGAAAACAUCGAUUUACAUGCAUUUUCGCUAGAUACUAGAUCGAGAAGGAACAUCUGUCUAAUCUUAAAAAUUAACUGUGAUCUAAAAUAGUAAAAAGACAUAUUCUUGUUCUUUAAAAUAAACAUUUUACGUAUUCAUAUUAUAUUUUUAACCGAUACAUAUGAGGAAAUAAAUUAGUAGCUAAGACAGAAAUUUCUAUUAUAGUUAUUAGUAGUAAAUCACUUCGGUCUAUAACUCUCAUUUGCAGUUAUUUAAAUAUAUGAUCGAUCCUCAAUGCAAUCGAUUUUAUCAUUGGCUUUAUUUUGUUUUUGUUCAACUAACGGUAAUAUAACGUUGAAGUAUUGUUUGCUAAAUUAGUAUGUCACUGAAGUCAUAAAACGUAAUGUAGAGGUUGACGUUUGCAGCUACAAUCUUAUUGUUUUAUAUUGUUGUAUUUUAUAUAUUAUAAGUCUUUUGAAGAUCUAAAUUUAUUAAUUACAAAUAUCUUCCUAUUUUAUUGAUAAAAAUAUAAAUUGGUAUAAUAGUACUAAGUAUUUAA